AAUUUCUAAAUUGCCGAAGUUCUCAAAAAUGUUCAAUUUUUGUAAAGGUUACAAAAAAGGGCCCAUAGUGAAUAGUAUAUUCUUAUUCAACAUAGUCUUUUCCCCUAGAUAAAUCUACUAUGCUCGACACUGUACCCGCGGUCGAAAGUUCAACGGUUCCUUGAACGCAUGCGCAGUGAAGGUAGUUGGCGCGGAACACCCGGAUGUGCUGCCGCAUGAACACGGUACGGUAGAAGGAAGAGGCAUGACGCCAUGUUUUGAUGUCGUCAUCCCCCCCCAAACCGCUGUUUCUUGAGCAGCACAAUAGUCUGUCAGUGUUUUUCUGUUGUGUACCUCGUGUUCCGUGUUCCUGGUGGCCGUUCUGGCGUGCCUGCCCGGGCCUCUCCACCGUCGCGUCGCAAUUGAAUGCUCACCUCUAAGGCCGAGGCUUGUCCCCGUGAGUUGACGGUCGCUGAAAGUGGCCCUUCGUGUCUUUUCAUGUCCGGGGAAGUAACCGCGGAGCGGGGGGGGUCCACGAGCGUCGUCUACGUGGUGGUAGUGUCCUAGUGCGGGGAGGACGAGCGACCACGAUCCUCCACCGAACGGUUUAUUCAAGUGGUUACGUCACGCAAUCCUGAACUAGGCUUUCGGGGGAAACGCUUUGCUGAAGAAGUGGACGACGACGGCGACGGGGACGAGGACGACGGCCCUGCUAAAAUGGAGCUGCGCCUGCACUCGCCAGCCGGAGCAGAACCGAUCGUCUAUCAAUGGCCCCUUACCUCCGGAUCCGGAAAUGAUCGACACGAUGGUGCACUUGAUGUUGUUGAAACAAUGCGGUGGGUUUGUGAGGAUUUGCCAGAUUUAAAGCUACCAUUAGAAAACAAUAUUUUAUGUAAUUAUGACACAAGAGAUUAUGAAAGUAUGAAAAGUUUAUGUGACAGAUUCAAUAGAGCAAUUGACAGUUUAGUUCAGUUGGAAAAGGGCACUAGUUUACCAUCUCAGAGGUUAAAUAAAAGACCCAGUCGAGGUUUAUUAAGACAUAUACUUCAACAAACGUAUAAUCAGGCGGUAGUUGAACCAGAUAAAUUAAAUCAGUAUGAACCAUUUUCACCAGAAGUGUACGGUGAAACAAGUUAUGAGCUUGUGUGUCAAAUGAUUGAUCAGAUUGAUGUAACGGAAGAUGAUGUAUUUGUUGAUUUGGGAUCUGGAGUUGGUCAAGUAGUUCUCCAAAUGGCAGCAGCAACCUUAUGUAAAAUUUGUAUUGGUGUUGAGAGAGCUGAUGUACCUUCAAGAUAUGCACAGAGUAUGGAAAUAAACUUUCGUAAAUGGUUGAAUUGGUAUGGGAAAAGAUGCGGCGAAUAUCGUUUGGUAAAAGGCGAUUUUUUAGCUGAUGAACAUCGGGAAAGCAUUACUGGCGCUACGAUAGUAUUUGUCAAUAAUUUUGCAUUUGGUCCAACGGUAGAUCAUCAGUUGAAAGAGCGAUUUGCCGAUUUAAGAGAUGGUGCCCGUAUAGUAUCCUCAAAGUCAUUUUGCCCCCUCAAUUUUCGCAUAACGGAUAGAAAUCUUAGCGAUAUUGGUACAAUAAUGCAUGUGUCAGAAAUGUCACCAUUAAAGGGUUCUGUAUCUUGGACUGGUAAACCAGUGUCUUAUUAUUUACAUGUAAUCGAUCGUACCAAGUUAGAACGUUAUUUCCACCGUUUAAAGAAUAAUAAACAAGGUGGUGAUGAGAACUCUGAUUCUGUGAUAAAUAACACUGCCAGCAAUAGUAAUAAGAUUACAAGUAGAAACGAGAGAGGCGAUAGAGCUAAACGAGAUUUGUCAAGGCAGUUAGAUAGUCCAAAUCAUUCCGAACAACAAGGAACGAAUAGCGAUACAGAUUUGGAUGAGAAUAAUAUUAAAAAUCGUCGGCAACCAAAUAAAAUUCGUAGGAAGUUAAAUAGAAAAACUAAUGGUAUUACAAGGCCUCCAACUAGAGGCAGACAGAGGGGAAGAGGUGUGAAAAAAUCUAAACCGAAGAAAGCAAUUAAUAUUUCGGGUCUAGAUUUGCUACAUAGCCAAACGUUACUUAGUACAUCCCCUCAAGCUUUGGGAAAGAAACCACCACCCGCGCCUGGUUGUGUGGAUCAACAACUGUCUUCAUUGUCACUUUCUUUACAAUCACAUUCCACCUCUGUGCAUGAAGAACUUAGUAUACCACCUGCUCCGUCCGCCACUCCAUAUGCUUUACAAAUACUUUUGGACUUGUAUAGGGACCAAUUCAUGCUCAUGUUAGAAUCAAUGAGAACUCCUUCGUAUAGAGUAUCAGUUAACACAGACAUUGCAAAAGAAAGAGAAAGAAAUUCCAAAUUACAGUCUAGAGCGGCGCAAUUAGAAAAACAGAUAAAGGUACUAAUCGAUGAUAGCGUAGCACUUCUAAAAGCACGGAUGACCGAGUUAGGUAUAAAUGCAACAUCGCCGGGUGAUUUACUUGCAAAAGCUAAGGAAAUAGUUCUUAGACAUAAACAAUUGCAAGCUAAAGCAAGUAAACUGCAAGCCCAAGUUGCAUCCAUGGAAAGUGAACAGUCGAGAUUGACUGCGCUUAGGCACCAAGAAUUGCAAGAGAAAUACAGCAGUCUUACGAAUGCAAACGGUAUAUCAAAUCCACCACAACCGCUUACUCAGGAUUACAUAUUAAAAGAAAUAUCCGCAACAUUGUCUCAACGCAAAAGAUUACAUUGUCAGGUAUCCAAAUUGGAACAUGAAUUGAAUGUAUUGGAAAGAGCGAGCAAUGAAAAACAAGUAGCUGCAAUUGCUCAACAACAACGAGAAGCAAUGAACACGAAACAUUCGCAAAGUCAACAUCAUCAUCAGCAACAAAAUGGAAAAAGUGGAUCAUCACGGAAAAACAGAGAAGGACGUUCUAGAUCGCAAGAGUGGCCAGAUGUGCCCGAUAUCGGAAAAAUUCAAGAAAACAAUCCAGAAAUAUUGGCACAAAAAAUUUUAGAAACAGGCAGACAAAUAGAAGCUGGUCGAAUAUUAAAUAGACAAAACACGAAUACGAAUAGCAAUUCUAGAACUAGACUGCCACAAGCGUCUCUUAGUUUUUCUACUAGUUCGUCGUCAAUUUCAUCUUCACAAUUACAAGCAAAUAAUAAAGAAACAACAAAUAGAACUCAGGAACCUCCUAGGGUUGCAAAUUUUGAAGAUAGAUUAAAGAGUAUUAUUACGAGCGUUUUGAACGAAGAUCAACAGAAUAGAAAUAAACAACAACAAAUGCAACUACAGGUGCAAUUACAAAAUCAGACUGAACCAGAUAGGAAACGUAUCGCUUUACCACAAAAUGUUUCUACUCCUGAUUAUACACAGGUUUCACCUGCAAAACUAGCUCUUCGCCGUCACUUGUCUCAAGAACGUCUUUCUUCACACUUAACACCAUCCGAUAGGUCAACAAUUGACUCUAGGCAAUCGAGUCAUGACAAUCGUAUUGUAACAGGGGGGAAUGGAUUGCUUGGUACUAGAACAAUCGGUGAUUUGGUUAGCGGAGAAAUAGAGAGAACUUUAGAAAUAUCUAAUCAAUCUAUAAUAAACGCUGCUGUUGAUAUGAGCGCAAUGAUAAGGCCGGAGACUGUAUAUUCUCCUAUCAGUAGACCAGCUAGUGCCGAGGGUGAUGCUGGUUUGUCAACUCUCGCACACGUAGCAAGUUACGCUCCAACUUCUUCAGCAGUUUCGACAUGUACUCCUACCACUACUUCAAGAUCAUCUGUAUUGUUUACUCCCGUUACGCAACCGCAGAGAUAUACACCAGUUCAGUUACCUCGCGCAGAUAUCAAGCCUUAUCACGAAUCGUAUUUCUCCGACAAUCCUCAGUCGCUCGCGCAAAAUCAUCCUCCACCAUCAUUGCAUUCAUCUCAAGCUGUGUCGAACGGUGAACUUUUACCGGUAGAAGGAUUAGCUGCAUCUUUACAUGCUCGUAUAUUGAAUAAUCAUAAUACAAAAACCGAGCCAAUGCUUUCUACAAGUAGAAGAUUUCAACCGUAUCCACGGUAUGCAACCAGUAGUAACAGUAAUGGCAGUGCAACAACAAAUGGUAUUGUGACAGCCAUUUGUCAGUCACAGCCUGCGAUGUCAGUAAAGACAGAAGCAGUUGUAUCGUCAGUAAGCACAAGCGGAGCACCAUUAAGUCCCCUUGUAGAACCACAUUCUAAUACAUCUACACCACUAGUUGAUGAACCCCAAAUGACAACGCAGAGACAACGAAACGGUAUCGGUGACGACGAUGGAGAGGCAGAUUGGCAAGACCGUAUCAGUUCUGGAUUCGACAGACUGGUUGCAUUCGCGUCUACGGAACUGGACAAACGAAGAAGGUCGACAGAGGGAGUGAACACGAGUCCUGACAGCGGAUUAGGAUCAGAUAGUACUGUAACAGGUCCUCCACCGGUGAUUCCUUCACCGGACGAAGCGUUAGGACCACCGCGUACGCCUUCACCGACCAGUCCUCGUCCACCAAAUCCCUCCAACAGUAGUACGAGCAGCGCAUCCUCGGUGCCUCUGAAAUAUCAACGUCAAUCGGAUCCGGAGCGUCAUCAUUUUAAGAAGAAGUUUUUUCAUAGAGAUUGGAACAACUCUGGGAGCACCAGUAAGUUUCGUCCUAAGGGCAAGGAUUGGGAUUGGAAUCAUUCAGGACAGUGGCCUUCGAAUGACGAACAAUCUUAAUUUACUUUUUUUAUACACCGCAUCUUUAAACGACUAUAUCAAGCUUCAAACGAAUUCUCUUAUGGUUGUUAGGUUUGCAGAAAAAUGUCUGCACUUUUUCUCUUUUUUUUAAGUUAUGGAUAUUUAAUUUCUUGUCUUGCAAGACAUGUUAUUUCUUUUAUUCGUUGUGUAGUGUGGUGUUAAAAUAAUCCUUCAUUGUCGAAACAAGUACAACGUUGUAGUCAUUAGCGUAACUGAUUAGAGGCCAGGGUCGGCCUGACCCCUCUCAAUGGAUAUAACAAUGGAUAAUUACGAUUUAAGCGUGUUUCUUCUUAGAAAAAUAUUACAGUUACGCUAAUGAUUACAGUACAUUACACUUACACCUUUAUUCAAACAAGCAAUCAAUUCAAACAUCAUUUUUCAUCUCUCGUUUGACAUUAAACGAAAAAUUUUGUUUCGUUUUAUUUCACUAGUAGAAAUUGUAUUUAUUUAACACAUGAUCAGUGCGAGGCUAAAUGUAUCGCGAAAUUAAAGUUAUAUUUCGAUCAUUAAAAAUCUAAUUAAUAUUUAACCGUAUACACACGUAUAUUGAGAAGGUUGACAAACAAAACACUAUUAUACAUUACUCACCGGUAAGUAUUUCAAUUAAAUAUUAUUAGCAAUUACACUUUUUGGUGAAAAAAAUUUAGAGUAAUUAUUAUCAAUUUGAUAUAUGACGUACGGUGAGAAUGUGUUUGCCUUCAGAAAUAUAUGCUGAUACCAUAGAGAUUAUAUUCCGUGAAAGGAAUACAAUUAUUAAACGGUUUGUAAUCGUGCAUCUGUAAUAAUUAUGGUACAUGUCUAUUACACAUUAAUUUAACUAGGUUCAAAUAAAGGUGAGUUUGGUCUUCCUCAGGUUUAACUUUUAUCAAAAACUAAAAGUAUUCAACUUUCUAAAUUUGUAAGCUUCAAAAUCCUCAGAUUUCCAAAUCACUUAUACUUGAUACAGGUCAUUAAUGGAAAGUGUAAAAGGUCUAACUCACCCCAAUUAAAAAUCCUAGUUAUAUCAACGCUAUUACAUGUUAAGUGUAGUAGAAGAAAAAGCAAAAUGUCGUGUAAAGGGAUGUAUCGUGUAUUAUGGAUGUCACAAAAGAACGUUAGCUGAUAAACAAAAAAGAAAAGAAGCUACCAAAACCUACGUGUGUUCGUAGCAAAUAUCCGCUGCAAAUUUUAUACGCGGCUCCAUGUAUCUUCCGAUUGUUUCUGGAAGAUGCAUAUCGAAGUGUUCACUGUUGCUCAUGAAUUGUAUGACGACAGACAGCGAAAAAAUAGUCAUUUCACUAACUGGAAGUUAAAUUUAAUUCGUUCUUUUUUUCUUUCUCUCUUUUGUUUGCACAAAUUUACUCACGAAUUUGUAAGAGUUGUGCAGAAUAUCCAAAGAAUAAUAAUCUCUCUACGAGUGUUGAAUAGGAAAUUUUCCAGCAGUUCGAUCGGAUUUAACAGAUAUCGCUGGUAAAUUUGAGACAAUUUGUAAAUAGAUAAAACGCGACUUGAUGAAAUAUGCGUGCGUUUGCGAUGUAUAAAAAAAAGUUCUUUUUUUUUUUAAUCAUUGUGUCGUAUAUAGUGCAAAAAGUUGUAAAGAGAAAAGCCGAGCAAAAGUGUCGUGAGUUAAUUCUGUAAAAAAAAAGAACGGAAAAGGAAAUCAAACGCUCGCCGUAUAAUUAUUGUAAUUAGUUGUCGAAUUAUUUAAUAAUCCCCUUAUACAUUAAAUACAUAUAAUGAAUAACGAUAUGUAGGCAUCUGCCAAGUUUAGCGUGUUACAUACACUGCCGAAUCUUCUAUUAAUUUUAUUAUUGAUCAUAAUUAUUAUUUAUUGUUUUUAUUGAAAUAUUUUAAUACUAAGGUUUUUUGUAACAAGCAUAUUAUCUCUUUCAUUCCUACCUUCCAUUUGCGAUUCAUUUUAAACAUCUGGAUUACGAAAUCUUAUAGGAUCACGCGAGAUACCGUGAAAAUAAUUAAUGUACCGGAAUUACGAAAGGAAGCAGAGUAUGAAAUAGUAGAUACGUUUUUCUAAGCGUGAAUUAUUGGAAGAGAAAUUUUAUUAAUCAUGUUGCCUCAAUGCGUUAAUCGUUGUCUAUGCAAUACUUUUUUGUAAACGAUAGCUGAAAAAAAGGAAACGCUAGCACGUUUGUAGUACUCAUUCGUUCAUUUGUUGCGUGAGCGAAUAAUGGUUGAGACAUAUACAAUAGAAAUUAUGGUAAUACGAUUUUAUAGAAUCGACAAGCAGAUGUAAACAGAAUCUUGUAGAUAUAAUGCAACAAAGUACAAAGUUCUACCUGAACAGAUUAUAUUUCGUACCAGUAUCUGUUUUGUACAUCGAGUAAUCAAUAAUGCAUUAAAAUAUACCACAUUUUUAUCUUGA